UGCUCCGCUCCCCAUUGCACCAACGGAAGCUGCGCCGUCGCUGCUCCGCAACAAUUUGACCAAUAAAACGUGCUGAAACUCAUAAAUAAUUGAUUAAAACCGCUCAAAACGUAAAUAUUAAUCUAUUUAGAUAAACAAGUGAGAAAAUCGGCAAAAGAUCGCGCGUGAGUGUCGAAGAGAAAAAGAGCGAGUGCCGCCUUUUGUUCGCUCCCCGAAAUUCGUGGCGUUUUCUUUUUUGUUUAUGCGCGCAAGAGAGAGUGCGAAGCAUAAGUGCGCACCCACACACACGAGUGGGGAUUUGCGAAAAUCGAGUGGAUGUAUGUGUGCGCGCAUAGCAUUUGCACACAUUGUUAUUGUUGGGGCGCUAGAGAGAGGAAAGAGAGAGCCCAAACUGGGGCCAGAUUUUUAUAACGGCGACAUUCGCACUUUUACUCUGGAGCAUGACGGUUCUUUAGCGGCACUUUCGACGCGAUUUAGAGCUGCAGCCAAAGCAGCAGCAGCUUCCGAGUCCGCUCCGAAUCCACAACCGAAUCCGAGUCCCCAGCAGCCGAGGAGCUGUCUAAUCCGCAACAGAUUCGCAACGCGUAGAUAUUGAUUCAGUGCGAGUGCAGUUGCAGCGCGCCCCCCUCAGAAAAUCAAAACCCCCACCCCAACAUUACCCACCCCUCGUUUUUCUCUGUGUAUACUACAGCUUUUCGCUUCUUUUUUAAGGCGGCGGCACGCCCUUCCCCAACGUGCGUACGUGAGCGUGUGUGUGUAUAUGUAUUGGCGGGCUAACACAAAAAAAAAAAAAAUACAAAUUGAAAACUUGAAAAGUUGGAAUUGUGAAAACUAUCAGAAAAAUAUGUGCCUGCUCGAGAUAUAUUCCCCAGUGUGCAUCGGAAUAAUGUGGAACAAUAGUACAUAAACAGCAGUCCAGAAAACGCCUCGCGAACACGAAAAUAAAUUCGAAAACCAGCACAGAAACAACAUGAAGAUGGUAGACAAGUCGUCCAAGUUGGUGGAUAAAUUUGCCGUUAUCAGCGGCACCGGCGGCAGCGGAACCGGAGGUGGCCCAAUCAAUAUGCCCGUCGGAAUGUCCAGCACGGCGGGAUUGGGCGGCGGAUUGGGAGGAGGUGGAGGCAUGACCAGCGGAGGUGCCAAUGGCCAGAAGCCGGUGCCCAUGAAGCUUUUUGCCGCCUGGGAGGUGGACCGAACGCCACCCAACUGCAUCCCAAGACUUUGCUCGCUGACAAUAACACGCCUGUCCAUCCUGACCCCUCUGCCCGGGGACACCACUUCGCUGUCGCUGGCGGUGAAGAUGCAGAGCUCCAAGAGGACGCUGCGCAGCCACGAGAUUCCCAUCAAUGGGUCUGCGCUGACCUCCUCCGCCCCCCUGCAGGGCAACUCCCCGAUGUCGGUGGCCGGAGGAGCUGGUGGCACUCCGGGAAGUGCGGGCACUGGAGGCGGCCUGGGCGUGGCUGUGCCCCUGACGGAAACCGAGCUGGACUUGCACUUCAGUCUCCAGUAUCCGCACUUUAUCAAGAGAGAUGGCAAUAGACUGGUUAUUUUGCUGCAACGCCGCAAGAAAUACAAAUCACGCACUAUUCUGGGCUACAAAACGCUGGCCGAGGGCAUCAUUCGCAUGGACGCGGUGCUCCAGAAGUCGAUGGACAUGAUCAUUGAGCUAACUGCUUCCGGCAAAAAUGGUCGGCCGGGCACAGUUGUCGCCUGUCUGCGCGCCGAACGCGUCUCUUCCAUUCCAGUUGACCAUGACAAUAAGAACAACAACAGCGUCCUGCUGGCAGAUCGCGUUGCUGAGUAUUCCGACGAGGACGAGGAGGCCGAGUUCAGUUCGGGUGAAUUCAACGACGAGGCCAACGAACUGGGCCUGAUCCGGGGCUACGAUCCCAAGGAUCCGCGGGACUACAACCAUCCGGCCAAGCAUGAUAUGCGAAAGUAUCGCAACAAGCUGCAGCGCUCCGGAAUCGAGGAUUGCGCUUUAGUGGGCCACCACCCCGGCAGCAUCCAGCACCAUCAUCCCGGCGUCGUUGUCGACAGCGAUAGUGAGUUCGAGAUGAAGGACAAGAGCUCGUCACGGGCCAAGUUUAGCCGGACGAUUUCGCUGCAGCAGCGCAACUUGAAGCAGAAGAUCGUGGCGCUGCUCAAGCGGUUUAAGGUGAGCGAGGAACUGGAAGGGGAGUCCGGCCAUCGAGGAACGGCGGCGCUGCGCGGCGAACGCGACCUGGACGCGCUCUUCCAGGAGCUAGAGUCGCUGUCCUGCUGCGAGGGCGAUGACUCUGGUCCAGACAUGGACAGCAUAUCGGUGGGCUCCACGCCGAAGCCGUCACUGCGCCCCUUUUUCACCAACUCGCGGAUAAUGCUUCACGAUAACAUCACUGGGAAUGGCGGAGAUCUGAAUCAAUUGUUGGGUGGAGGUUCCGGACCCGGAAUCGCAGCUGCUGGCAACUCUGAGCGCCGAUCAUCGGAUAAGAGCGACCAAUUGACCAAUUCAUCUUACAAUCUUGAAAAUAACAAAAACCAAAAAAGCAUUCAUUUAACAAACAAUAACAAUUCGGCAACAACACCAGAUCGUGGGGGUAACGAUAGCUCCGGCAACGAAGGCAAUGCUGGCUAUACGGAUGGCCAGAACUCGGAUCCGCAGAACAGUCCGCCCAGAGACAAGGACUACAUGCGCCUGCAGCAGAUGCAGAUGCAGCAGCAGCAGCAGCAGCAGCAGUUGACCCCAGUGAGCUCGGUGGCCGCCAGUUUGGGAAGUGGCAGCGUUCAAACGCCCGCUCAGACGGAAAAGCGAUCGAGAUUGUUCCGAACCUCCAGCAACACACCGGGAAUCACAGGAAGUGCAGGGAACAGUGCCAAUGCCAUUAGCGCUUCAGGAGGCGGCAAAAGGAAGCAUACCCUGAGCCUGAGCGCCGAGCCGAGAUCCAUGCUGGAAACUUGCCUCUCGCCCACCAACGUGGAGCCACGCAAGCUGCUGCUCGACCAGCUGAGUCGCGUGUUCGCCGGCGAGGACAGCUCCAUACCGGAAGUGGUGACCAUCAUCAGUCCGCCGGAGGCGCUGGGCGGCAGCGCGUUGCUGGCCAAGUUGGUCACGCUCUUUGCGAACUCCUUCAAGCCGGCCUUCGUGCCGCAGAACACCGCCGAGGUCAAGGCGGUGCUGCAGGCGCUCAUGGCCAAGAUCCAGAAGUAUUGCAACUCGAACGCCAAGCCACCGCACACGGUCAAGGUGCUGCUGAUUGGUGGAGAUUGGCUGCAGGGAGCCACCCUGCGGCACUACGUGGAACUGAUGGGAGUGCGGCCUCCAGACUGGCUGAAUCACCUGCGCUUCUACCUGGUGCCCGUCGGCGGCAGCUGCGGCAGUGUGGCGCGUCACCUCAGCCAGAUGGAUCAGGCCUAUGCGGUCAUGUUCGGCUCCGACAACUGGGCGCAGCUGUGCGAGAGGGCGGCGGCCACAGCGGCAGCGGUCAGUGCGGUGACCACGGUGAAUGCCACGGCACUGACGACCAACCUGGCGGAUGCGGCCGGCGUUGCAAAGUCGGACAUCGCGGAGUUGGUGCAGCGCAUCCAACGCUAUCUGCUUGCGGCUGGACCAUGCACACAGAUACCCAUCGCCGAGGCCAUGGUCAACUACAAGGAUGAGGAUUCCUGCCAGAUAUUUGUACCGUUUGUUAGUGAUGUUCGCAUUGGAUAUCUGGAUGCCCAAGCUUCACUGGAUCUUGAGGAGAUUGCAGCUGGCUCCAACGCGGCCGCCACUGGACUGGGCUCCGGAUCUGCCUCCAGUUCAGCCAUCCCCAUCAGCAGCCAGAGUUCACCGAAUGUGCAUGGCGUGGUGUCCGGUUCCCCGCCCCAGCAGCAGAGCUUGGGACGCACCUCGCCGCCCCUGCAGACGCCACCGUCAUCCGCAACCUCGCAUCGGGAGCGCAACACCAGCGAAUCGCUGAGUACGCCGUCGUCGCUGCAGCAGCAAACCUUCAGUGGAGCUCUGGCGGCGGCAGAGGCGGUGGAGCUGCAGGUGGACUACUGGCCACUGGUGCGGCCGGGCGAGGUGCAUGCCAAGGAGUCGAAGAGCGGCAUGUCCAAGGGCAGUGAUGCCGGCGGCAAGAAUAGCAUUAAGAGUACGUUUAGGAACCUGCAGGUGUGGCGAUUGCCACAGCAUGCACAGCAAUUGGGUGAUAUGUUUAAUGGACUGACUGUUAGUUUCGCCACCAAGGAAAAGAAGCAAAAGCAGAUUAUGCGCUUGGGCAAGAAAAAGGAUAAGGAGCGUGAUCUCGAGAAGGAGCAAUGUGUGGAGGGCGUGGCCCGUUUGAUUUGCUCACCCAAGCAAUCGCAUCCAGUGCCACUGAGAGUGUACAUCGAUGGCACCGAGUGGACGGGAGUCAAGUUCUUCCAAGUAUCGUCGCAAUGGCAAACGCACGUCAAGAACUUCCCCAUUGCGCUUAUUGGCUGCACCCCCAUGUCCUGUGCUGAAUUAUCCUAGUCAUUUUAACCCACAAGCUCACACGGGACACCCCGACAACCCCAA